AUGGUGCUGCUCAGCCCUUCGAUUAGAGGACUUAUGUCUAUGUUGCAAGUUUGGGAGUCAUACAAUGUGAUCCACGGACUCAAGUACAAUGUGACGAAGAGCCAGCUGGUGAUUUUUAAGGCAAGUACUAAGUGUUACUCUAUUGUACCUGAUGUAACACUUAAUGGCGCUCGUUUGAAUAUGGUUACGAGGUUUAAGUACUUGGAUCACUGGGUCACGGAUGACCUUUGUGACAAUGGCGACAUCGAGAGGGAGCGCAGGUCGUUGGCUGUUCCAGCCAAUAUGUUGGCCCGCAGAUUUGCACGAUGUACAAAACAAGUAAAGAUAACGCUUUUUGAAGCCUACUGCCAAUCUUUUUACACGUGCAGUCUGUGGGUCGACUAUACGCGGGGGACAUACAACGGCCUGCGCGUGCAAUACAACAACGCGUUCCGGGUAUUGCUGGGGCUGUCGCGCUUCUGUACCGCCUCGGGUAUGUUCGCGGAGGCGCACUCGAACGGGUUUGCAGCCAUCAUACGCAAGAGGUGCGCCUCGAUGCUGCACCGCCUGCGCGACAGCCCCAACCGCAUCCUGAGCGCGUUGUCCGCAGGCUGGGACUCGCCGAUGCUCGCGCAUUGGAUGCGACAACAUGCGGUCGUACAGAAAUUAAAUGUUGUUUUGUUUUUGUGUCGCCGUCCUUAUGUAUGGUACAAUAAACUAACCCUUAGAGCUUAG